AUGGAUCGCAGUGGUGACAGUAUCAAAGUGGUAUCUUUUGUGCGUUGCUAUCAUGCUUAUAUGGACAUAUGGGAACCUGAGUUUGGUGAGAAAAGACAACUUAAGCGUGAACCAAACAACAUCGAAGAUGUGCUGUGGCUGUAGUGCGAGAGAAAGCUGGUAUCGCAGGAAAUGCAGACCACACAGAGCGCAAGAUUGAUGUUCAUCCAAACCAAGCGACAGCUAAUGAUGAAGUUACUGAAAAUGUACCGAGAUUAAGGGCGUGUGCGGUGACAAAAUCUUUGAAGCGAGGAGCAAACUCUGGGCAUUUAGAAGUGAUUGGAAAAAAAGUUAACAGAGGGACAGGAUAUGGUUUCGAGAUACCUUGUGUCUAUCAAUUUACUGGCGACAGGAGUUCGUGCAAAUGGCUAAAGCAAAGACUGAAAAUUGCGGCAAUGAAGUCCAAUUUUGAUAUGACAUGUGCCAGAGCGCAUUUUCUUUUAAUUUCCCGAUUAUGUACCACAGUAAUCCAAAUGUAA